AAGCCAGGGUCAUUUACAAAUUUCCGUCGCUCCAUCCAAAAUAAAGCCCCCAAAACCCUGACCUCUAAUCCUCAAUGUCCCUCUCUCUCUCGUCUGCUAGGGUUUUUGCACCGACGGAAGACAUGGCUUUUCGUGUAGUCUGUCGCUCUCUCCUCUCCAAGCAAACCCGAGCUUCUCUACUCGUUUGCUCCUCCCCCUCCCUCCCUGUGCCUCGUCCUCGGUCCCUUCUCCCUUCCUCUACUUUUUCUCUCAGCCUCCGCUCCCUGGUCGCCGCUGGCCACCUCUCUCGGUCGCCGACCGCUUCCCUCCGAUGCUUCUCGACUCGCCAGACGGCGUCCUCUCUCAACGAUCCGAGCCCCAACUGGUCAAACCGUCCUCCCAAAGAGACGAUCUUGCUCGAUGGGUGUGAUUUCGAACACUGGCUAGUUGUGAUGGAGAAGCCUGAGGGUGACCCCACGAGAGACGAUAUUAUCGAUAGCUACAUCAAAACCCUCGCGAUGGUGGUCGGAAGUGAGGAAGAAGCUAGGAUGAAGAUUUACUCUGUCUCAACAAAGCACUACUUUGCUUUUGGGGCCCUUGUUUCUGAAGAGCUUUCAUACAAGAUCAAAGAAUUGCCCAGAGUCCGUUGGGUUCUUCCUGAUUCUUAUUUGGAUGUUAAGAAUAAAGAUUAUGGAGGGGAGCCUUUUAUUGAUGGGAAGGCUGUUCCCUAUGACCCCAAGUACCAUGAGGAAUGGGUAAGAAACAAUGCACGUGCCAAUGAGAGAAACAGGCGCAAUGACAGACCUCGCAAUAUUGAUAGAUCAAGGAACUUUGAAAGAAGAAGAGAGAAUAUGCAGAACAGAGUGCAGAGGGGUAACAUGCCUCCUUUCCAGUCUCCUGUGCCCAACACAGUAGGAAUGCAGCAGUCCAACAAUGCGAGUGGGAUGCCACCAAACAAUGCAGCAGCAAGUGGAAUGCCACAACCCAACAACAUGAGUGGUGUGCCGCCUCCCAAUACUGGUGUACCACAGUCGAACAACAUGCCGCCGCCCUACAACCCUGGUGGUCUUCCACAACGCAACAUCGGUGCUAUGCCUCAGCCUCACAACAACCCUGGGAUGCCACAGCCUCACAACAAUCCAGGUAUGCCACAGCCUCACAACAACCCUGGGAUGCCACAGCCUCACAACAAUCCAGGUAUGCCACAGCCUUACAACCAACCUGGUAUGCCACAGCCCAACAACAUGAGCGGCAUGCCCUACAACACAUCUGGGGUCCCACAAGCCAAUAAUAUGAGGGGUAUGCCUCCCAACAAUAUGAGUGGGAUGCAGCCCAACAUGGGUGGAGGAAUGCCACAGAACAACAAUAUGGGUGCAGUGCAGAGUAAUAUGGGGAGAAUGCCUCCACCCCCAAGUGCAGGAUGGUCCACUAAUGUGCCCAGCAAUGAUGCGUGGAACACAUCAAACUUUCAGAACAGGGAUGCUCCAAACAAUGGUAACAUGAGCUACCAAAACAGGGAAAUGCCUGGUGCAGUUGCCAACAGAGAGUAUCAGGAUAAUUACAACCCAACUAGGGACGUGUGAAGCAUUUUUUGUUGAAACCGCUCACAGCCAGCUUGAAGUAUGCCAAUGGAGAGAUUGAUAUUGCUUGUUUUUUUUUAUCUCUGUUGUGCGUUGUUCUUAUGAAGUGUAAGUAUACCCGUGGACUCUGAAUUUAUGGAAUUCCUUGUGACAGAAACCUUUGUCGAAUGGGUUGGCCUUCAUAAGGUGCAAGCUCAGUUUGUUCAGGCUAUGAUAGGCUAUGUUAUUGAAUUAAAAUGUUGAAAUUUUGGAUGCUUGAA